AGCUUCUCUGAGACAAAUUCUCUUUAUUGGCUUCUUUUAUAAAACCUCGGAUUAGUUCUUCGUUCACACAAGUUGUGUUGUGUGUAUUAGUUGUUUUAACUUCUUCAGCAGAGCCAAAAGCUUUUUUAUUUUAUUUCACUAAAGUGUCUUCCCGUUACGAUCCAAUCAAAUCCAAAUCCUAUGGAGCGAGGUGGUUACCGAGGAGGUCGUGGUGAUGGUGGUGGUUACGGCGGAGGGAGAGGAGACCGUGGUCGCGGUUAUGGCGGCGGAGAUCGCGGUCGUGGUCGCGGCUCAGAGCGAGGCGGCGGGAAUCGUGGUCAAGGUCGCGGUGAGCAACAGGAUUUCAGAAGCCAGAGUCAGUGGGGACCUCCGUCUGGUCACGGUGGCCGUGGGACUCAGUUCCAGCAACCUCGACCACAGGCGACUCCGCAGGCUCAAGCGGUUCCGCAGCCACAAGUGACACAAGCAGGACCUCCGUCAGGUCACGGUGGCCGUGGUACUAAUGCUUGGGGUCGUAAGCCACAGGUUUCUUCUGAUUCGGCUUCUCCGUCCACCUCCGUCGUGGUUACUGAACCCGUUCGUGUUGCUGAAGUGAUGAAUCCAAGACCAUCUGUACAAGUUGCGUCUACUACUGAUAGGAAAGAACCAAUGAAGCGACCUGAUAGUGGCGGUGUUGUGGCUGUGCGGCGUGUUAAUCUAUAUGUCAAUCAUUUUAGAGUCAACUUCAAUCCUGAUAAUGUCAUAAGACAUUAUGAUGUUGAAAUCAAAGGAGACAAUCCCACGAAGAAGAUAUCGAGGUUUGAGCUAGCUAUGGUCAGGGACAAGGUGUUCACCGACAAUCCCGGCGAGUUUCCCUUCGCUAUGACUGCUUAUGAUGGUCAGAAGAACAUUUUCAGCGCGGCUGAACUGCCUACGGGUUCAUUCAAGGUGGAGUUCCCUGCAACUGAAGAGAUGAGAGGUCGUAGCUAUACGUUUACGAUCAAGCAGGUGAGUACGCUGAAGCUACGUGACUUGCUAGAGUACACGACAGGGAGUAAGUCUUCCAAUCCGCGUGAUGUAUUGCAAGGGCUGGAUGUUGUGAUGAAAGAGCAUCCUUCCAAGUGUAUGAUCACUGUUGGUAAAAGCUUUUUCACUCGUGAGACUGAGCGUGAUGAAGACUUUGGCUUCGGGGUUGCAGCUGCGAAAGGGUAUCGUCAUACUCUGAAGCCCACGGCACAAGGUUUAUCAUUGUGCUUGGACUACUCCGUGUUGGCGUUUCGCAAAGCAAUGUCAGUCAUCGAGUACUUGAAGUUGUACUUUAAGUUGUCUGAUAUGCGUCAGAUCAUGAACUAUAGGCGUGAUGUGGAAAGGGAGUUGACUGGUUUGAAAGUCACUGUCAAUCAUCGAAAGAACAAGCAAAAACUCACCAUUGUAGGGCUGAGUAAGCAAGACACAAAAGACAUAAAGUUUGAUCUUAUUGAUCAAGAGGGAAACGAGCCGCCAAGAAAAACUACCAUUGUUGAGUAUUUCAGGAUCAAGUAUGGAAGAGACAUUGAGCACAAAAAUAUUCCUUGCUUGGAUUUGGGGAAAAAUGGUCGGCAAAAUUUAGUCCCCAUGGAGUUCUGCGACUUGGUUGAGGGUCAGAUUUAUCCGAAGGAUGACUUAGAUAAGGAUUCAGCGUUGUGGUUAAAGAAGUUGUCACUGGUAAAUCCACAACAAAGGCAGAAAAAUAUAGAUAAGAUGAUAAAGUCUCGUAAUGGACCGAGCGGUGGAGAAAUCAUUGGAAACUUCGGACUGAAAGUGGAUACAAACAUGACACGUGUGGAAGGUCGUGUACUAAAGGCCCCAACAUUGAAGUUGGCAGAUAGAGGGAAAGCUGUGAGCGAGGAACCCAACGCGAGACAGAACAACCAAUGGAACCUUAUGAGGAAGGGAGUCACAAGGGGAUCUAUAAUCAAGCAUUGGGCUGUACUUGACUUCACCGCAUCCGAGAGAUUUAACAAGAUGCCUAAUGACUUUGUGGAUGCCCUGAUGGAACGUUGUUGGAAACUUGGGAUGCAGAUGGAGCCUCCUAUCGUAUACAAAACAUCGAGAAUGGAUACGCUUUCUAAUUGUAAUGCUCUUGAGGAAUUGCUUCGGUCCGUAAUUGAAGAGGCUUCUCGUAAGCAUGGUGGGGCUCGUCCAACUCUUGUUCUUUGUGCUAUGUCCGGGAGGGCCGAUGGCUACAAAACUCUGAAAUGGGUAGCAGAAACCAAACUUGGUCUGGUAACUCAGUGUUUCUUGACCGGAUCUGCCUCUAGAGGAGGUAGAAUUUCUGAUCAGUAUCUUGCAAAUCUUGCCCUCAAGAUGAACGCGAAGGUUGGUGGAAGCAACGUCGAGCUGAUGGAUAAUACUUUCUCUUUCUUCCACAAAGAUGAUGGGGUCAUGUUCAUUGGUGCUGAUGUCAAUCAUCCCGCUGCUCGAGACAAGAUGAGCCCGUCUAUUGUUGCUGUUGUGGGUACACUAAACUGGCCUGCAGCUAACCGUUAUGCAGCUAGAGUCAUUGCCCAGCCUCACCGCAAAGAGGAAAUAGAAGGGUUUGGGGAUGCUUGCUUGGAGCUUGUCAAAGCUCAUGUUAAGUCCACUGGGAAACGACCUAACAAGAUUGUGAUAUUCCGUGAUGGUGUCAGCGAUGCUCAGUUCGAUAUGGUUCUCAAUGUGGAGUUGCUUGAUGUCAAGCUGACUUUUCAGAAGAAUGGUUACAAUCCAAAGAUAACGGUAAUUGUAGCACAGAAACGUCAUCAAACCCGUUUCUUCCCUGCUACAAGCAAUGAUGGAAGUGAUAAAGGCAAUGUGCCUUCAGGUACGGUUGUUGAUACUAAAGUCAUUCACCCGUAUGAGUAUGAUUUCUACCUAUGCAGUCACCACGGAGGGAUCGGGACAAGCAAACCGACUCAUUACUACACUCUUUGGGAUGAACUUGGAUUCACAUCAGAUCAGGUUCAGAAGCUCAUCUUCGAGAUGUGUUUCACUUUCACUCGCUGCACCAAACCCGUCUCUCUUGUUCCUCCGGUUUAUUAUGCUGACAUGGUUGCCUAUAGAGGAAGGAUUUACCAUGAGGCAAGUUCUCGUGAGAGGAACAUUAGGCAGCCGAGGGGAGCUUCUACAUCUGCUGCUUCGCUUGUCUCUUCAUUAUCAUCUCUUACAAUCGAGGACAAAGCAAUUUUCAAGCUGCACGCAGAGCUUGAGAAUGUUAUGUUCUUCGUGUGAAGAAGAGUGUGAGUUUUUUUUUUUUUGUGUUUUGGGUCCCACGCUGAACUUAAUACUAUAUUCGGAAUCGGAACGCCCCGAGAACGCAGUUAUACUCCUUUUUUCUGGUUAGAAAGGAGUUUGUGCGUGAAUCUAAUUGGGUUUUUCGCAGUGUGUUUCUUUCAUUUUGGUUGGUGUGUUGAAAUGAAUUUCUUUUUGGUGUUGUAAUGCUCUUUAGAGCAGAAACCACGUCUUUGUGUUUUUUUGGUUUUAUAGUAUUUCAGACUCUCAUAUUUUGCUU